AUGUUGUUGAGCAAGCAUAAGAAGAAUCACAACGCUAACAGCGGCAAGAGGCUGUUGGUUAGUAUCAAUGUGUUGGGAAGCGCUGGCCCGAUUCGGUUUGUUGUGGAUGAAGAUGAGCUUGUUGAGGCUGUUAUUGAUACUACUCUGAAGUCUUAUGCACGUGAAGGGCGAUUACCGCGUCUGGGGAGUGAUCAUAGAGACUUCUUUCUUUACUGUCCUCAUCGUGGAUCUGAUGUGGCUUUGAGCCCAUGGGACAAAAUCGGAUCACAUGGAGCUCGGAAUUUCGUGCUAUGCAGGAAGCCACACACUACAAAUGAAGCAGCUGAUAAUGGAAGUAGGACUUCAUCACUUUCACGCAGGGGAAAUGGUAGUUGGAAGUCUUGGUUCCACCUCAACCUUAAAAUUUCUUCCCAUUGA